AUGGAAUACUUCCUUGAUCUUGGUCACCAGCUCGGCCUUGGUGCUACAGGCAUAGCUGUUUGGUGUUUUUCUCAACCGUGCUCCACACAUAGUAAUCCAUGGGAUUAUAAUUGGGGAGACUACGAGCAGAUAUUGGGGUUAGGGAAGAAGUUCUGCAAUCACUUAUUCUUGCUGGAAGUAUGACAAGGAGCUGAAUCUUGCUGUCACACAUAUGGCCUUCCAGCAGCAACCAUCACCAACGGUUUCACAUAGCCGUCUGAAUUGCGCUUAAGGUCCUAUUCAAAGAUUUGAAGAUAAAUUCCGUCGUGCAGGCACAGUUAGAAUACUUGCCAUGUCCCUUCCUGCUGGCCACGGCUUUGUCGUCUCCGUUGUAGCCGUUUGCGUCACGUCUUAUAACCUUUACGGUGUUCACAGAACAUUGAGCAGCAUUCGUAAUGUCAGCGUUUUGAUACCUGGCGCAAAUCAUCAUGAUACAGAUAUAUGGUGUGAAGUACUGAGUGAAUAAAGGUGUGGUGUGCUGACCGUGGAAGGUACCUAAGGCCCAGGAAAAGCAAAGAAAGUAUGGGAAGAAGUGGUGUGAUCAGAUCUUAGGAUACCGGAUCUCUUAGCUGCGAUGACACUGGAGCAAGGAAAUAUGGAUACUUACAAGCCUGGCUACUUUUUUGAGCGUGGUUUUCAGAACCGGACGAUGGACGAUGAUGUGAUCAUAGAAGGAACAGCGUCCAGUUCACCGGUUACGCCAGUGAUGAGCAAUCCUGGCACACCACGCUCAGAGUUGGACAUACAUGGCAACCAUGGUACGCCACCCCCGGCCAUAGCCAACCGGGGUCCGCAAUUACCACAGAUGUCACAACACCCUCAGACAAAAUACACCCAGCUUCUGGCGGUCAUCGAGGACAUGGGCAAAGAUAUACGUCCGACGUACUCUGGCAGCAAAUCCUCCGCUGAACGACUGAAGCGAGGCAUCGUUCAUGCCCGCAUACUGGUGCGAGAAUGUCUGAUGGAGUGUGAACGCAGUGCUCGGACAUGAGGCAAUCCAAUCAAUUCCCCACCUCUCUCUCUUUCUCUCUCUGUUUCUUUUAGAAGUCAAAAUAACAACCAACAACUCAACCAAAUAAACUAACCAGCCACCAGUCUGUUUGUUGGUCUGUAGACUUUUAUCCUUGAAGAAUGGCUCAGUUUCUGAAAUUUUCUUCAAAUUCCAGCUUUUGUCAGUAUUUUUUUUUUUUUUAUAUUUCCUUCUGUAACAUUUCAACAUUCCUUUAGAUAUGACUCAUGUUUAUUUAUUUUGUUUUGCUUUUUAGAUUUUAUUUAGUUUUCAAUCUCAACUCUCUCUUUCUUUCACUCUCUGUCAAUGACAGUCACACACACACACACACACACACACACACACACACACAUAUAUAUAUAUAUAUAUAU